UAUUUCAAAGGGUUUUUGACACAGUUGUCUAAUUUUAUUUUGUCUUCUUAAUCGCUCUUCCUCAUUUAAUACAAUAACUGAAUAUAGUCCCUUCAAUUAUUUUCUAAAAUGGGAAUAAUUUUUGUCUUCAAUAUUGGCAGCAGGAACAAGAGCUGACAUCCGUUAUUAAAUACAGAAAAGAAUCAUUUUUCCUAAAAUUGAAUCUGUGAAAGUCAAAUGAAAAGUGUAUAUUUGUGAAGAGAUGGCUACCGUGGAAGAAUCCACUACUGUGAAAAGUCCUGCUUUAGAGGAAGUCUUAAGAGCGCAGAAUGAGAACGUAUCAGACGUAGAGAGCGAGCUCAUGAUUGUUGAUGAAGAAAGAAAGUGGGAUUUGUAUGAUGAAUCUGCAGUAGAGAAAGACAGCUUGACAGAAGAUAGACCCACAUUCAACAAAGCAGUAAAACUGCUCAAAAUCCUCGUGUACCUCGCUACAUUCGGCAUCAUUUUGGCUUGUGCUGUUCUCUCCAAAGCAACGCUUCUUUUCAUGACUUCAGUAAUUCACGAAAAAAACACGUUCUCUCCGUGCAAUAUCUCAGGUUUGGAAAGGGACCAAAAAUAUGUCGUUCAACUUUCUAAAGAAGAAAGAUAUUCUUGGAUGUGGUGUCUUUUAUUCAUUUUCUUUGUCCCCGAAAUAUUGACGUUUAUUCGAUCGGCUAGAUUAUGCAUAUUUAAAAAAUACCAAAAGCCAAAACUCCCGUCUUUCAUAUUGGUCUUUGUCGUCGAAACUUUGCAUAUCGUUGGACUUACUAUCAUGGUAUUCGUUGUUUUUCCCCAAAUAAAUUCAAUAGUAGCAUUGGCUCUGACAAAUGCAGUGUGCAUUGUUCCAUCCUUUCUAAACGUGUACGCUAGCUGGAAUUCCCAAAACACUGUACAAGCCUGGAUGAACAAUAUAUUGUGUUUAUUCGUUAUAGUAGGCCAGAUUAUAAUUAUCAUAUGGGCCUCUAUGUAUGGACAUGAGGCAAUUUCGCAUGAAUUCGAUACCAACUCUCACUCCGCCACUAUUUUAAUGUCUUGUGCAACAGUCGCCGCCAUUUUAAUAUCUUGUGCAUGGUGGGAAAACUUCGUGAACAUCAAUUCGCCACACAUUUUGCAAACUUUCAAGAAUGACAUUGAAAGAAGCAGAAAUUUCAUUUACAUAUUUAUUUCAUCGUGGAAAAUAAUUUUAGUUUACUUUGCUGUUCUGAUUUGUUUAAGUCUCUCGUCCAACAGCGACGAGGUGAGAAUAUUCCUCAAAACCUUUCCUAACUGCUUCAAGCGGCAUAACUUAACCAUGAUAUGGCCUAAUAUAGAUGAUACUGUGAUUAUAUCAGACACUUUGAAGCCUCCUAAGACCCUUACGUUUUUUAAUGACCAUACUGAACCAUAUUUGCCAUUGAUAAUAGCUGCAAUUCACAUGACGGCUUCAUUUUUGUGUUAUUCUUGCGGCAAGUUUGUUUGCAAGAUCUGUAUACAAGGUUUCAGUUAUGCUCUUCCCGUCCUGUUAACUGUGCCCGUGACAAUGAGUUUUUUGAACAGCGCGUGCGAACAUGAGUGUGGCUACAAAAGAUUGACGAAGACGUACCAUUACUGGAAUUGUCCGGAGGAUCAAUCGGGAUUUUCAAUGGAAACUAGAAUUUUUUGGAUUUUGUGGUUGUUGUCUCAAGUAUUGGUCACAAUUCAUCUCUGGAACCCUCAAAAUGAAAGAAUGGCUUCGACAAACAAAUUAUUUGUAAAUCCAUUGUAUUGCUCAGCACUCAUUGAUCAAUCUCUGGCUUUAAACAGACGGAGGAAUGAAAAGGUGGAACCGGACGGCCAUGCCCGGUUGGACAGCAAUGCGUCCGAAAUGGACGGGAGUGAUGUCCCUCGAAUUUUUGCUUGCGCAACUAUGUGGCAUGAGACCCCGGAUGAGAUGGAACAGCUCCUCAAGUCCAUCAUGAGAAUGGAUGUUCACCAAUGCUCUCAGAAAACUAUCCAAGAUGGAUUGGUAAUUCGAAAUCCAGAUUACUACGAAAUUGAAACUCAUAUAUUUUUCGAUGAUGCUUUCGUUGUGAGUGAUGAUGACGACGACAAAAUGACCAUCAACAGCUUUGUAAAAGAUUUUAUUGCAGCAGUUGAUACGGCUGCAAGCAAAGUUUAUAGCAAGAAAUGCCAGCAGCCUGACCCUCCCAUCAAAGUUCCGACACCAUACGGAGGGCGUCUCAUCUGGCGCUUGCUAGGAGACAAUGCUCUCGUCGUCCACCUGAAGAACAAAGAACUCAUAAGGCACAAGAAGCGAUGGAGUCAGGUGAUGUACAUGUAUUACCUCCUUGGUUAUCGUCUGGAGAGUAGUAUGGCCUAUGGAAAAUCAUCCGCUGAUCUCCUCAAAAACACAUUCAUCUUGGCAUUGGACGGAGACAUCGAUUUCAAGCCCAAUGCAGUUCAGCUGCUGGUUGACCUGAUGAACAGGAACAAGAAUUUGGGGGCUGCUUGUGGAAGGAUACAUCCCGUCGGAACAGGUUUUAUGGUUUAUUAUCAGAAGUUUGAAUACGCGAUAGGGCACUGGCUACAAAAGGCGACCGAACACAUGAUCGGCUGCGUUCUCUGCAGUCCCGGAUGUUUCUCACUUUUUCGGGCCGAAGCUCUUAUGAAGAACAAUACCAUUCGAACGUACGCCUCUAAAUCAAAAGAGGCCAUUGAAUAUGUACAGUUUGAUCAAGGUGAAGAUAGAUGGUUGUGCACGUUGCUUCUGCAAAGGGGCUAUCGGGUGGAAUACAGUGCCGCCUCUGACGCCUACACACAUUGCCCAGAAACAUUUGGCGAAUUUUACACUCAACGAAGACGAUGGGCGCCAUCCACCAUGGCGAACAUCAUGGACUUGCUCAUCAAUUACAAGAAGACAAUCAAGUGCAACGAUAACAUAUCUCGCCUUUACAUCGCCUACCAAGUUCUACUUAUGAUAGGAACUAUUUUGGGACCAGGGACAAUAUUUCUAAUGCUGGUUGGAGCAAUGGUGUCUGCUUUUCAAAUAUCUAAUUGGCAGUCCUUCAUCGCCAACUUGGUGCCCAUCAUUUUCUUCAUAUUGAUUUGCUUCUAUGCCAAAAACGAUACACAAAUUCUCAUAGCUGAAAUAUUCAGCGCUCUUUAUGCCCUCCUGAUGAUGGCCGUCCUUGUUGGAAUCUCUCUUCAAGUGGUGACGGACGGAAUCACUUCGCCAGGGGCCAUUUUCAUACUGUCGAUGACGGCCAGUUUCAUAGUGGCGGCCCUGGCUCAUCCUCAAGAAUUCUGGUGCGUGGUACACGGACUCAUCUAUUUCUUGAGCGUCCCAUCCAUGUAUCUUCUGCUGGCUCUGUAUUCUUUCAUCAACCUUCACGUGGUCUCUUGGGGGACUAGAGAAGUGCAGACAAAGAAAACGAGAAAACAGCUGGAAGCAGAGAAACUGCAAGCCCAAGCAGCUGUUACCCAACAGGUAUCAAAGAAGAGCGGUAUACUAGAUUGGAUGCCCUUCCUGGGUAGCAAUGCAGAAGAAGAAGGUAGCAUUUCAUUCGGAUUCGCCAACCUGUUUCGCUGCAUGUGCUGUACGUACCCUAAGCCCGAUCCCUCUGCUCUGCAGAUGAUCAAGUUGGAAGGUUAUCUCAAGGACAUCAGCAAUAACAUCCAGAGCAUGCAAAAACAAUUAGAUUCUACAAAUCAGCGCUUUUCGGGAUUCAGAAGAAGAUCCAUUUUAAAUGUACAGCAAAAGGAUCUAAAUGCAGUUCCAGAGGAUGGAAAUGUAGAAGAAGAUGACGCAUAUGAAGAAGAAUCAAAUGACGAUCCCGAAGAACACACAUACAAUCAGCCAGAUAACAACGACCAUUGGCUAUCUGAUUCUUCCCUCAAGAAAAGCCACACUAAACAACUUUCUGAUGAAGAAAAGGUAUUCUGGAACGAGCUCAUAGAUCGCUAUCUCUAUCCCCUCAUAGACAACCCAGAAGAGAAAGCAAAAGUCUCCAGACAGCUCAUAGAGCUUCGAAACAAAGUCGUCUUUGGAGUGCUGAUGCUCAACUCUCUGUUCAUCCUCAUUGUAUUCCUGCUUCAAAUGCAGAAAGAGACGCUGCACGUAGAGUGGCCGCUGAAUGGAAAAGCUAACAUCACCUAUAUCGCAAUCAACACAGAAAUCAAAAUAGAAAUGACGUAUCUUCAAUUAGAGCCUAUUAAUCUUGUCCUUGUAUUCUUUUUCACUCUCAUCCUGGUCAUACAGUUCAUCGCCAUGCUGUUCCACAGACUGGAGACACUGUCCCACAUACUGGCAUCGACAACUCUCGUCGAUCAGAAUGAUAAAGACACCAAUGAAAUCAACUUCUCGAAAUUGACAGAUCUACUGCAAAAACAAGGUCUCAAGGACGAUGACGAUGAGGAUGAAGUUGAUGGAGAUAUGCCGGACCAAACGAUAAUGAAUGCACCGAUGAGAGAAAAAAGGGGAACGAUGAUUCCAAAUGGUUUUGCUGAACACAUUUCUUUGUUAGGAUCAGGAAUAAGAGAGAGGCCAAAGUUUCGAUCCCUCAGUAUUGCUCUGGAGAAAGACCUGCAAAAAAUACUUGACAAAGAUCCAAAAUUCAAUUCAAAAGUGAGAAGAAUGAGUAGAAAUCCUGAUGCAUUGGAUGCACUCAAGAGACGAACUUCCAUGUACAACACAAGAUCACCAACGCCUCGCAGCACCAUACUGGCUGGAAUCGAAGACUUGGAUAAUGCGUUCGGAACACCAAUCGUUUCUGCUAGACACUCCAUGUACAAUCCUUCCUUUGACACUGAAAGUGUCAACAGUAUUCAGAUGGUGGAUUUCGGUGCAAACCAAACAUCUGUCGCAGGAACUAGUUUUGCAAAAAGAGAUGCGAGGAACUCGAGUUUGAGGAGGAAACUGGACCAGAUAAAAGAAGAUAUCGGCAAACCGGAAGAGGUGUGAUAUCUGAGUGGAAAUUUCAUAAAAAUAUUAUGAAGGGACUAGAGAAAGUGAGAGCGAUAUGAUGUAAUUGAAUGAACUGAGAUUAGUUAUAUCGAUUUUUCUCAACAAAGGAAUUUUUAUUUAAUUAAAUUAUUGAGAACUACCUUUUCUAUUUCAUUAUUUUAUUUUGUGUAUUCUGACAAUAUCUUUUAAUAAAGCUAUA